AUGGACUCGCCUAGCAACAUCACUGCUAAGCUGAAGUAUAUCAAUGAUGAUAAAGAUGCUAUCCAAAAUGCGAAAAUUGAAAACUGCAUUGGCUCGGUUAAAGUCCCAGUUGGUCUCGCUGGGCCAUUGAAGAUCAGAGGCAGUGAUGGUACAGAUGGUGUGUUUCACGCUCCGUUAGCAACCUGUGAAGCCACAUUAGUAGCAAGUUGCUCACGUGGGAGUAAGUUGUUCACAUCGAGUGGUGGAAUUCAAUUCAAACUCCUUCGUGACACCAUGACGAGGGCCCCCGUUUUUUGGUUCACUAGUGUUGAGGACGCCACAUCCUUCCACGAUGCGAUACCCGGGCUUUUUUCCGAAUUCCAAGAUGUUGCACAGUCUACCAGCAAAUAUGCCCGGCUUCUAAAAACAAGUCCCCAUAUCGUGGGAAGCACUGUUCACGUUAUAUUCGAGUACUAUUGCGGAGACGCUGCAGGUCAAAAUAUGGUCACAUUCGCCACGCAGAAAGUGUGUGAUCAUUUCGCAGCGUCUAGUGCAGCUCAGAAGAUGAAACUUGAAAAGGUCUCUAUCGAAGGACAGCUGGCUUCGGAAAAGAGCUUAGCAUGGGGAAAUAUCUUACACUCUCGUGGUGUCGCUGUCAUGGCGUGGGGAAGGAUCACCAAACAGGAUUGUCAGAGUAUCCUAGGCUGCUCUAGCUGGGAUCUGUAUCAGCUCACGUUGAAUAGCAAGGAGGCUGCCACACGAAACGGACAACUGGGAUAUAGUAUCAACCAGGCCAACGUCAUCGCGGCAAUGUUCAUCGCCUGUGGACAGGAUGCAGCGAGUGUGGCAGAAUCUGCCUGGAGUCAUUUGACGCUGGAAUUCGACCGCGAUACCGAAGAUUUACGCGUAUCCAGCUAUCUGCCAAGUCUCCCGGUUGGAACCGUUGGUGGUGGUACUCUCUACCACGCACAGAGAGAAGCGUUGGAGAUCCUUGGAUGCACUGGGCCAGGAUCUAAAGGUCGCUUGGCGGGUAUGAUCGCAUCAUUUGCUCUUGCUCUGGAUAUCAGUACAGUUGCUUCGGUUACCAACAACACAUUCGCAGCUAGCCAUUACAAGUUGGGACGUUCUGCUGGUGGUGGACUUCACAAACUUUGA